GCGGCAAACUUCAUGGUGUUUAUCUAAUGACACGCGUUUCAAAGGUUAUAUCCUAUGAUUGACUCAAACGAUAUUACUGCUCGAUUGAGAUGAAUAAUUGUAAUAAUACAGCUUCUUAAAUGGGUGGCCUCUGACCGAUCGGAAAAUAAUUGAACCCAUGGAUAACAAUUGAACGUAUUGAACCGCCAAUUAAUUGAACAAUUUGUCGACUCCUUAAUUGUCGGUUAUUCGAAACUCGUGUAAUCAUGAAACGCGAUGAGACUUUAGCUGGGUGGAGUGUUAUAUGGUGGUUAUUUAAGUUAUUCGGCCUCCCAAUCACUCUUCCAUGGCUCGUGUAUCAUUUCUACGAUAUUAUGCAACAAAAACGGAGAAGAUCAGCUCUUGGUAGUAAGGUGGUGAUGAUAACCGGCGCUAGUUCCGGCUUAGGGGAAGCCUUGGCUCACACGUUCUACAGCUCGGGCUGCAAAAUUAUCCUGGUAUCCCGCAGAAAAGAGGAGCUGGAGAGAGUAAAAAAUGACUUGAUGGACACUCACCAAACAGUUCCCACUUAUCCACCUGUCGUCUUGUCGUUAGAUCUGACCGAUAUCAGUAACUUGGAGGAUAAAGUGUCAAAGGCUAUAAUGGUGCACGGCAAAAUCGAUAUCCUAAUUAAUAACGCCGGCAUCUCGUACAGGGGAGAAGUUGUCGACACGAACGUCGACGUGGACAUAAAAGUCAUGCUGUCGAAUUAUUUCUCGCAGGUCGCGCUGAGCAAAAUUGUCCUCCCGUACAUGAUGAAGCAGCAAUCUGGUCACAUAGUCGGCAUAAGUAGCGUGCAAGGGAGAAUCGCUAUUCCAUUUAGAUCUGCGUACGCCGCGUCUAAACAUGCAUUACAGGCUUGGUACGAUACGGCCAGAGCAGAACUGUCUGACAAAAAUGUAAAAUUUACAGUCGUCAGCCCAGGAUACAUUAAAACGUCUCUUUCUCUCAACGCUUUGACAGGAAGUGGCCAAGUUUAUGGAAUGAUGGACAAAACAACCGAGAGCGGCUUUUCGCCGAAGUACGUAGCUGAGUGCAUCUUGAAAUCUGUACUGAAGCAAGAAAAGGAAGUUACUAUCGCGCCCUUUUCCCCAAAAUGUGCCAUAAUACUUAGAACCCUGUGCCCUUCGCUUUACUUCUGGAUUAUGCAAAGGCGCGCGAGAAAAUUAGCGCGGGAUAAAUAAUAUCGUUUCGGUUAAAUAUCACACAGUUUAAUUACAAAUCGAUUGUUUCGUGUUUGUUGCAGGGGUUUUAUGUGUAUAUACUUUUUACACAAGGUAAAAAAUAUCUUUCGAUAUAACUGUAUAAUUUAACACAGAGCUAGAGUCUAUAUAAUUGUGUAAAUAAACCAACUUGUUAGAUUUUCUGGCAUUUGUAUCUAUACAGCAAGGUAUAACAGUUACAUAAAAUGCGCUAUUCAAAAGUAUAUUUUAUUUGUAUCGUAGCCACUCUCUGACUAGUGGAGUAUCUUUACAUUAUGUACACUUUAUUACUAUAACAUUUUACUUGAAACUGCCGCUGAAAUGUUUAGCUGUCGAGUGUGCUAUCCAUCUCUUGCCACAAGGCUCAUAAAAUGAAGGGAAUUUCCAAUCUUUUACAUUUUUUUAUGUCGUAAAGAUCUCAACUGUACAGUCAUCUAAUAAUUUGUCCGUUGUAUAUAUCGUUCGUGAAAUAUUGAAACGAGUGAAAAAAUAUAGUAUACACGUAAUGAAAUGUAUUUGCAAUAAAAAUAUAUAAUUUCUUCACACAAGAGCGAUAGAUGGCACAUCUAUUUAGAGUACUAUUCAAUGUGUUAUUAAAAUUAUCGUUUCUUUUAUUAACAUCUCAUUUAAUUUUCUCUAUUUAUUUAAGUGGUACAAACUUACUUAAAAUAUAACAGUUUCAAUAAGACCUGAAAAAAUAUUUCUACCACAAUAAAAUCUGAAUUGUCAUGA